CUUCAACACUACCUACUCAGAUAAAAGGGUGAACAAGGAUGAGACUAUUGAUGGCAUAAGGGGGUUGAUAGCAGUUAUGUGUCUGAUGAUGAUUAAGAUUUUGAAUGCUUUAAAUUGACGAACGCAUGUUUUGUUUGAGUUUCUCCUUAUCGAAAUGAGCAUUAUCUACAAUAGUAAAUUGGCUUAUAUUUCCAAUGUUCCAUAUGUAACUUGAAACUCAGUAAUUAGGAAUGAAUUGACAUCCAAAAGAUUCUCCUUAAGCAUCUUUUACUUAAUUAGUGAUCUUAGAUACAAGUCACUCUAUUAGAGUUUGUAGUAUAUGUGGAGUGAGAGAAUCUAAGUAUCCGGUUGAUACGAAAUAGUGCAGACAUUGUAUGAAAAAACAUAUUAAGAAGCCAUAGAAUGUCACUUUUCUUACUAAAAUUUUGAAAAAAAAAAUUAUGUAGCAUUACAUAAUGAUCCGAGAAAUAUUUUAUUGCACAUUUUGAGCGAGGGCAAAACAUUUGAUUUGUUUUUACUUAUUUUAAGUUGUCUCUAGAGAAAUUUUCUUCUUCUCACUCACAAGACUCAAAUAAUCGUUGUAAUUUAUCAUAUUAAUCGAUUGAUAUUGAAGAUCUCAUUAAUGGGAGACAUGAAAGUUCAAAUGUGAGGACUUAAAUUAACCCUAGCUAAAUGAGCUUCUCGCUUUCAUUGUUUUAUGAUUGUCCGUCCUUAUAAUUCAAUCAUUCAUGAUAGGAGAAAAAAAAACAUAUUCUUUUCUUACCUAGUGAGGGAACAAAGGGAGCAAUAUAUACCUUAUUAUAAUAGAGGAUCACUAAUUCCACUCAAUAGUUACCAAAGGUAGUUGGAGAAACACUUCUCCCUCACUAGAUUUUUUUUUAAAUGGUGAAAGAUGCAUUAAGAAAAAAACCAGAUAACGCCCAAGUCACAGUACAAAAUAAGGAGCAAAAACAAAAAACAAGACAAACCAGAAAAAAUAAACUCAAAAUAUUACAAACGAAACCCAGCCACGGAUCAUAGAAAGCAGCAACACGCAUCCCUGCAACCUUGAUCUUAACAAGAAAACCUGAACAACAAAGCUAAAACAACCACACUCCAGCUCCCCAACCAAAAAGGCCUCUGCCAACAACAACCAACCCUCUGGAACAAUCAGCACCCUCUACCUAUUAUGUGCAUUAUUCACUCUUAUCCACCGGUUUCCUUGAUCUCUGCUGAUCUUUCCAAACGCAACGAGCCACUCGACAACGCCAUGAACAGCCUUCUUGUAAACAGAAGUGACCGGGAGUGUUAGACGAAUGGGUUUUGGGUCUCUGGUUUGGCCUUUGUUUCGGCCCAUGUUGUCUCGGCUGUCUUGUCUCUACUGUCCAUUAUGUAAUUGGCCCAUGCAAACUAGUAUACACGUUGCUAUUAGGGUUUGCUAGGGUUAGGAUAGUAUAAAGAUAGCUGUGUAACCGAGUGGAAACGUUAAGCUGAAUAAGAGAUUCCUAUUCCCCGUGGACUAGUCGGUAUUGCUCUCUGCAAUAUCGGAAACCACGUAACUCUGUUUGUGUUUUCGUUUUCAGCUUGAUAGGUUUUCUAACAUGGUAUCAGAGCUUUCGAGAAUGGAUACGGAGAAGAUUUCCCUCCGUCUCAAUCACAAGAACUAUGCCUUGUGGGAAUUCCAAUUCCGUGUCUUCGUUAAGGGACAUGGUCUACUUGGCAUUCUCAAUGGAACGACCCAGAAGCCGCUCGCCCCGGCUCCGGAACAAGAAAUCGCCCGCUGGGGCCAGCAAGAUGCACGGAUACGAUCCUGGAUACUGGGCUCGGUUGACCCAACGAUCGCGCUCGGACUUCGUCUGCACACCACGGCCUUCACGAUGUGGUCGCAUCUGGCCUCCACAUACUCGUCUGUCAAUCCCGCCCGCCAGUUCGAGAUUGAGUGUGCUCUCGGACGGCUGGAACAAGGCAACAAGGAUGUCACCGCUUACUUCAGUGAUGCACAGGAGCUCUGGAUUGAACAAGACUUGCUGACCGCUACCCUUCGCUCCAAGGAGGCCUCUGCCGAAGUUCUUGAAGACCGGCAGCGCUCCCGUCUGUGCCAAUUCCUCAUGAAAUUGAGGCCUGAGUUCGAGGCCAUUCGCUCCACACUGCUCAAUCGGGAGGACCUCAAAUUUGACGGCGUUCUCGGCCACCUCGUCCGCGAAGAAACGCGCCUACGUACCCAGGCACAACUUGAUGUUCGUCCCGGUGAGGGCGAAACUGUGUUUGCUGCCGCUGCUGAUCACUCCCAGUCCAUUGCCGCUGCUGUUCAGAGGCCUCAGUUUCAACGUCGCGUCCCGGCGACCGAGCUCGAGUGCCAUCACUGCCACGAGAGAGGCCAUCUCCAAAAGCACUGUCGCCGCAAGAAUUUUUGCGUGUAUUGUAAACGCAAUGGGCACAUCGUUCUUGACUGCCGAUCGGCCCAGCGAGCUGCUGCUCGUUCUGCUUCUGCCGGUACCUCCGCUGAUCGUUCAGCCCAUGCCCCGGCUGAUCGCCCAGCCUAUGCCGUCCAAGCUCCACUCCCCGCCCCGCCUGGACCUGCCGUUGAUGUCGCUACGGUUGAACAGGUAGUGAACAGCGCACUCCAACGUUCUCUCCCGGGGGCGAUCAGUAGCGCCUUCGCUGCCCUGCAAGCUACAGGUAAGCCUCGACCUUGGCUUCUGGACUCGGGAUGUUUUAAUCAUAUGACCAAAGAUGCUCAUCAAUUAUGUGAUAAGUCUCCUGUUCAUAACAUGACCUUACGUGUGGCAAAUGGCCAACAGUUAAAUGUGCAUGGAAUUGGUCAGGUUCACACUACGAAAAUUGCUUUGCCCAACACGUUGCAUGUCCCUGCUCUUGUUCCGAAUUUGGUUUCCGUAGGGCAGCUAACCGAGCAAGGUUGCUCUGUUUUAUUUGAACCUUCUGGUUGUGUUAUCCAGGAUCUGAAGACCGGGAGGCAGAUCGGACGAGGGAGUAAGCAAGGGCGAGUGUUUCAUUUAGAGGAGCUCUCGAGUCGAUCGGGGGCCACGCCACCAGCUAGUAUUCGUCCCGUCAGUAGUCCGGUUUCUAGGCCUGUCAGUAGUCCUUCCUCGUUGGUGUCUAGUGUUGUUGAUUCUGUUUCUCGUUCAAAAACAGCAUGGGAACUAUGGCAUGCACGUUUAGGUCAUCCAAAUUCGGUUCGGCUUAUGUCUAUGUUUAAACAAAACUUGCUUGGUCCUAAUAAAGGUGGUGUUUCCUCUGUUCAUAAGUGCACUAGUUGUAUUGAUGCUAAGCUCAAGAGCAUUUCCUUCUCCCCUAGUCAAACUGUGAUUUCGGAACCGUUUCAUAUCGUGCAUACCGAUCUUUGGGGGCCUUCUCCCACUGUUUCUCGCCAUGGUUUUCGCUACUUUGCUCUUUUCGUGGAUCAUGCUACUCGGUUCACGUGGGUCUAUUUUCUUCGUCUUAAGUCUGAUUUGUUGGCUGUUGCCUCCGAGUUUUUGAACAUGGUUCGCACCCAGUUUAAUCGUCCUGUCAAAAUUGUUAGGUCCGACCCUGGCGGAGAAUUUAGCUCCCAUCCGUUACGUGAUCUUUAUCGUUCUCUUGGUACCUUAUGUCAGAAGUCUUGUCCGGGUGUCUCACAGCAAAACGGCCUUGUUGAACGGAAAAAUCGCCACGUGGUUGAGCUGACUCGAGCUCUCCUUCUCGACUCCCACGUUCCAUCGAUUUUUUGGCCUGAGGCCGUGGCCACUGCUGUUCGGCUCAUUAACUAUCAGAUCACGCCUGUCCUUGAUCACCGUAGUCCGUUUUUCACUCUGUUUUCUAAGCAUCCGGACUAUACUCGUCUUCGUGUCUUUGGUUGUACUUGCUUUGUUCUCACUCCUAAGAAAGAACGGAAUAAGUUCUCUUCCAAGGCUGCCCGUUGUAUGUUCUUAGGGUAUAGCGAUGUCCACAAAGGGUACCUAUGUUAUGAUCCCGUCCUGUCACGUAUUAGGAUCGCCUGUACUGUUGUUUUUUUUGAGUCUCUGCCAUUUCACUCCUCGUCCCCAGCUGCCUCACUUGAUUUCCUCUCCCCUGUGCCCACUUUGCCCUCAUUUGACGAGGACGAUGGUGAUGAUGACUUGCUGCCCCCUCCUCCGCCCGAUGACUCUGAUCUGUCUCCCUCCCCCGCUGCGUCCCCAGCAAGCUCGACCUGUUCCUCCAGCGCCUCGUCCAGUUCGGCCUCAUCUGGCAGUGAGCCUCCUGCCUCGCCUGCCAGCUCCAUUUCCUCUGCGGCUGCUUCGCCGCAACCUGCCCCAGUGCUGCGUCGCUCCCUUCGUAGUACCAAGGGUCACCUCCCAGCUCGUUUUGCUGAUUAUCAUGCUUAUGGUAUUUCUGCUGUGGCUGUUCCUACUCGUUUUAAACAGGCUGCAGGUGAUCCGAAUUGGGACAAUGCGAUGAAGGUGGAAAUGGAUGCACUUCAUGCUCGUGGUACGUGGACUAUGGUUGAUCGCCCUCCUCCUCCUGUUCCUAUUGUUGGCAGCCGCUGGGUGUACAACAUUAAGGUCCAUCCGGAUGGGACCAUUGAGCGGUUUAAGGCUCGGGUCGUUGCCCAGGGUUAUACGCAGGUACAGGGCAUUGAUUAUGACGAAACCUUUGCCCCGGUGGCAAAGAUGACCACUGUCCGCACUCUCUUGGCUGUUGCUGCUCUCCGGGAUUGGCCCCUAUUGCAACUUGACGUUAAGAAUGCGUUCUUGCACGGUGAUCUUCAGGAGGUCGUUUACAUGGAGCCUCCUCCCGGAUACACGCUUGGCGCCCCUGGCCAGGUCUGUUUACUGCAUCGGUCACUCUACGGGUUGAAACAGGCACCCCGUGCCUGGUUCGACAAAUUUCAGUCCACGAUCCUUACCCUAGGGUUCAGUCAGAGUCUUAACGAUCCGUCUCUUUUUACCCGGGUGACGUCUACUGGUAUCGUUGCUCUCCUCCUGUAUGUCGAUGAUAUGGUCGUUACCGGUGAUGAUGCUGCAGGUAUUCAGUUGCUCAAAGAAGGCCUACAGGCCGCGUUUGACCUCAAGGACUUGGGAACCCUCACCUAUUUCCUUGGACUUGAGGUCACUCGUAGUCCCCACGGGAUACUCUUGAAUCAGACGAAGUACAUCACUGAUUUGUUGGAUGAUCAUCAGUUCGAGGAUUGUACUCCUGUUCGUUCGCCGAUGGAGCUUAACUUGAAGCUCCGCCGUGAUUCUGGUGCCCCGUUGGUUGAUAGUUCCAAGUACAGGAGCAUUGUGGGUAGCUUAAUCUACCUUGCCGCCACCCGUCCCGAUAUCUCCUAUGCUGUCCAGAUUGUGAGCCAUUUCAUGACUGCCCCCACUGUUGACCAUCUCUCCGCUGUUCAUCGCAUCCUUCGUUAUCUGCAGGGGACCAGGGAGGUUGGUUUGUUCUUUCCGUCUCAGGGCUCACUCUCCCUCCAGGCCUUUUCCGACUCUGACUUCGCCGGUUGUACUGACACUCGCCGCUCCACAACCGGGUGGUGUGUUCGGUUUGGUCAUUCGUUCAUCUCUUGGCGGUGCAAGAAGCAGGAUCGUGUGGCCAAGUCCUCUACUGAGGCCGAGUACCGGUCCAUGUCCGAUGUUGCCUCGGAGGUUGUUUGGCUCACUCGGCUGUUAGUGGAUCUCGGGGUUCGCUGUCCCCCGGCGGUUGAUUUGUUCGUGGAUAACACUAGUGCUAUCCAGAUUGCUCUUAAUCCGGUGCUUCAUGACCGCACGAAGCAUAUUGAGCUUCACAUUCACUAUGUUCGUGACCAGGUUCGCGAUGGGUCUCUUCGGUUACACUACGUCGCUUCUGAGGAUCAGAUUGCCGAUCUUCUCACCAAGGCCCUUCCCAUUAGUCGUCACUGGUAUCUGUCUGGCAAAUUGAUGCUUCGUGACCGGCAUCAAUUUGGGGGAGGAUGUUAGACGAAUGGGUUUUGGGUCUCUGGUUUGGCCUUUGUUUCGGCCCAUGUUGUCUCGGCUGUCUUGUCUCUACUGUCCAUUAUGUAAUUGGCCCAUGCAAACUAGUAUACACGUUGCUAUUAGGGUUUGCUAGGGUUAGGAUAGUAUAAAGAUAGCUGUGUAACCGAGUGGAAACGUUAAGCUGAAUAAGAGAUUCCUAUUCCCCGUGGACUAGUCGGUAUUGCUCUCUGCAAUAUCGGAAACCACGUAACUCUGUUUGUGUUUUCGUUUUCAGCUUGAUAGGUUUUCUAACAGGGAGACAUCUAUCUAAUCCCCCUUGUUGUUUAUCCCUACCUAGGCGCACACAAUGUAACAGUGGUUGUGUAUGGGAUUGAUGCAUGAUCCUCACAAAUUUGAGUAUGACUAUUGGUUGAUCAUGACGAGGUUUUGCGUAAAUCCAAGUUAAGGUAAAUUUUUAUUGACUUCAAAUGCACAAGUUGAUUUCAAAGUCCAUGUAAGAAAAUAAUCAUAAAGAUCCUUCAUAAAAACAAGAGACCCGGGGUAAUCUUGAGUUGUCAAGAAAAGUGCGCUCUUGGGUACGUUAGGUCAUAUAACUAAUAUCAAGAAAUACAAGUACUAUAUUGGGUGAUAGGGUGUUCAUUAACCAAUAUGUCUUUCAUUAGAUAAAUUCUCUUUUUAUAUUCAAAUUAAAUUUUAUUUUUCUUGUUUUUUUUAUUAUCCGGGAACCUCAGCCCCACAUGCCAGCUGGGCCUACUAGACUUGGGCGCCACCUGCAAUCAAUUUCGUUUAUUUCCCUUGUUGCUUCUCAUUUACUCAUUUAAUAGCAUUAUCUUUUAGUCUAACUCUCUCGUAUACGACUUUCUUUCCCACUUUGUGAUAAUUCGCUUCGUUUUUGCGCCUUUGAACUUAAACGAAUUGGACCCAUCUUGAAUGAAUUUAUGUUUUCGUCAAUGACAUAAAAACCUACAAAUACCCAACAAAACGGAAGUAUGAGAUUGAGGCAUAAAAACCUUAUAUCAAUACCUAUAAUCCCCCCCCCCCCCCCCCCCCCCCCCCCCCAUGUUAUGUAAAUUGAUCAAGAACACCGUAUCAACCCACAUCCUUAUUAUCUUUCUUUGGGAACAAAGUAUAUACAAGACUCUAGUGCUCGCAUAAUUUGUCUCAAGGAAAAGUCUCACACAAUGCCUGUAAAAAACCCUUUUGAGUGAUGUAUGGUGGCAUUAUAACUAGCCAGAGAACACCAUGCAUAAUUAUUGUUCUUUGGAUGGUGAAUGGAGCUAGCUACAUCCCAAUUUGUGUUUGUACAUAAAAAGAGUGUUAUCAAAGUGCAGGAGGGUUUGGUUGCCGCAAUUUCAUAGGUCACCUUCCCUGAAAAAAGCAGCUGGGGCUCCUCUUUGAGUUGGCCAGAGAGAGUACCACUAACAAAGCCCACUUAUAACUGAGUAAUGACUGCUCUUUCUCCUAUAGUGUCCACCAAAAACCAGCCGCCCCCUCUCCUCCUAAAUUGCACAUGUUUAUGUCCGCCUCUAACUGUUGGGCCAGACGUACGUGGCCACAUAGGGAGACCUAGCCAUCACUCUACUUUAACAACCACGCUCCCCAAGUAAUUAGCUAGCUAGGGUUGCUUACAAAGUGGAAUUGUAACGAAUCAAUGAUACAAUCGUUAAUGUCAAACGUUGUGAUCUAUAAUAGACUAAAUUCAUCAACACAUAUGCUAAAAACUACAAUAGUAAACAAAAUUUGAAAGACUUCGAUUAGGGUGUAGAGUUGGCCUAUUAAAAAACGGAGACAAGAACUGUAGCAGCAAUAUGGAGGCGCACGUAUACCCACCCAUUCUGCUCUUUAGCCAUCUCCUCAACAACAAGGCAUGCUUGUCCCCAAAACUAGAAUCCAAGUUACAGCACAUCUCGACAGGGAAGAGAUGACCCAAUUACUCUGUUUUCUGCAGUACAGAAUUCAUGAUUCAACUCAAGAGGCUUACAGGUAUUGUCACCCCAUAAUU